GCCAACCAAAAUGAACUCAUUGUUGGAGACUUUUCUUCUGUAUACAGACCACCAGAAAAGACUCCUUAUUCCUACCCCUCCCUCUCAUCUCCUCUCCCCUAAAACACUCAUCUUUCUCUCGUCUUCUUCAACCUCUCUCUGCUUCAUCUGUCGUUUUAGGGAGAAAUAAUCUUCUGCUUCUUGUGAGUGGGCAAUAAUAUAUCUAGACUAGAUAGCAGCAGCUGAUAAUUUGAAGAGAGAAUGUCAGGAGGUGGUUCGCAGAAUAGCUUGAGAAAAACACUUGGAGCACUUAAGGAUACCACUACUGUUAGUUUAGCUAAAAUUAAUAGUGAUUACAAGGAGUUAGACAUUGCUAUUGUUAGGGCAACAAAUCACGUUGAACGACCAGCAAAAGAGAAACAUAUAAGAGCUAUCUUUGCUGCUAUUUCUGCUACAAGGCCUCGGGCAGAUGUUGCAUACUGCAUACAUGCUCUCGCAAGACGGCUAUCAAAGACACAUAAUUGGGCGGUUGCACUGAAAACGUUGAUUGUUAUCCAUCGUGCUUUGAGAGAGGUGGACCCCACAUUCCAUGAGGAACUUAUUAACUAUGGACGAAGCAGGAAUCGCAUACUUAACAUGUCUCAUUUCAAGGAUGACUCAAGUCCUAAUGCGUGGGAUUACUCUGCUUGGGUGCGUACCUAUGCAUUAUACUUGGAGGAGAGGCUGGAGUGCUUUCGAGUGUUGAAAUAUGAUGUGGAGACUGAUCGUUCAAGAACCAAAGAUUUGGACACUCCGGACUUGCUUGAGCAGUUACCAGCUCUACAGCAACUUCUAUAUCGUGUUAUUGGCUGUCAGCCUCAAGGGGCAGCUGUUCAUAAUUUUGUGAUUCAGUUAGCACUGUCAAUGGUUGCUUCAGAAAGCAUUAAAGUUUACAAUGCUAUAAGUGAUGGCACGGUUAAUUUGGUUGACAAGUUCUUUGAGAUGCAAAGGAAUGAUGCUCUCAGGGCCCUGGAUAUAUACCGCAGGGCUGGUCAGCAGGCUGAGAGACUGUCAGAGUUCUAUGAGAUAUGUAAAAAUCUUGAUGUUGGCCGGGGAGAAAGAUUUAUCAAGAUUGAGCAGCCCCCUGCUUCAUUUCUACAAACCAUGGAGGAAUAUGUGAAAGAAGCACCUCGGUAUUCUACAGCUGCUCGCAAGGAUUCAGUGGUUGAAGAUAAAAAAGUGGUCCUGCCUAUAGAGGACAAAAAAGAUGUGGAGGUCAAAGAGACGGGAUCUCCUCCCCCACCGGCACCUGCACCUGCACCUGAAUCAGUGCCAGAAGCACCUGUUAAAGUAGAAACUCCUGUGGCAGAACCACCUGAUCUGUUGUCUCUGGAUGAUUCUGCUCCAGCUGUUGCUGAAUUAGAUGAGAAGAAUGCUAUGGCUUUAGCUAUUGUUCCAGUUGGUUCUACGAACCAGUCAUCUACUAGUGUUCCAAAUCUGGCAAAUGGAGUUACAGGCUGGGAAUUGGCACUUGUGGAGGCUCCCACCUCCAAUGAGACUUCCACAGCUUCAGUCAAACUGGCUGGAGGGCUAGACAAACUCACACUAGAUAGCCUUUAUGAUGAUGCAAUUAGACGGAGCAACCAAAAUGUAAGCUAUAACCCAUGGGAACCAUCACCCGUGGCAGUUGCUCCCAUGAUGCCACCACAUGACCCGUUGUUCUAUGCUUCAAAUACGGUGGCCGCACCAACAUCAGUGAACAAUCAACAACAACAGGCUUACAUGUUUCAGCAACAACAGCAGAUGAUGAUGGGCGCCCAACCACAACCACCCAUUAAUCCUUUUGGCAAUCCCUAUGGUGCAGUUGCCAAUCCUUAUAGUCAUCCUGCUUUGCCUGUUCAAUCCUACAAUAAUCCUUAUGCCGGCCUCAUUUGAGCAAUAAUUUCCCUCAAGCAAACAUUCUUUUACCGGGUGGCAAGCCGUUGUUGGAAGAGCAUUGAGCUGCAGCAGCAGCUACCAUGGCGGCAUUCUUGAUACUGGAUCAUAUUUGAUGGAUAGAUGUGUAUCAUUGCAGAAAGUAGGAUGAAAUUAUUUGUUGAAUAAUUAGGUAGCUUUGGUUCAGUGAUUGUUUACAUCAUGGACACACAAUAAUGCUGCUUGUGAGACCUUAAUAUUUUAACCUGCUUUAUCUCAAGCAGGUUUUUGUCGUCUAUGUCACCUCAUGUUUAAUCCCUCAAUUUUCUCAUGUUUAUUUUAUUUUAUUUUUGUAAAAUGAUUGUACUACUGCACUGAUUGAUGUAUGUAUUAACGAGCAAGAUUUGUUUAGUGAUGCA